AUGUCAGACCACGAGAGAUCUACGAGUCCUGGACGAAACGACUCGACGAUAGACAUCACUGUCCACCACCAUGGAGCACCAUACACAUUCACACUCCCCGCCACCGCGACCCUCGACGAUCUCGCGACAAGCAUCUCCUCAUCUCCCGAUUUACAAAUACCCAUCCAAAACCAAAAAUACAUGAUCGCACCCGGAAAACUUGGUCUACAAAAGCCUCCAUUCAACACCACCACACCUCUGCCGGAGUACUUACCACUCUCAUCCCCGAAACUCAAAAUCACUUUACUAGGCGCGAGAGCUGAAGACAUCGAGUCCAUGAACGAGAAUAUCUCCUCCACAAAACAACGCCUUGCAGCCCGCGCCCAGGCACGCCGCCAACCACAUCCACCCAUCACCCGCCGCCCUCCAGGCGGAAUACACACACUUUCCUCCCCGUCAUCCUCCACCUACACAUUCGGCCGCUGCGAACCACUCUCAUACCUCCCUAACCCAUCUCGGAGCCUCCAAUUUCUAGAACGACUCCGCGACGACCCAGGCAUAAAAUUUGCCAUGGCCAAACACCGCUUUUAUGUUCCACUACUCACAGAAAUGAAUCCCGCCGAACACACAACGCACGAAUCGCGCACGUUAGGCCUGAAUCGCAACAAAGGCGAAGUCAUCGAGUUGCGGUUACGGACAGAUGCAUAUGACGGAUAUAGGGAUUAUAGAACCAUUCGCAAGACGCUGUGUCAUGAACUGGCGCAUUGCGUGCAUAGUGAACAUGAUCGCGAUUUUUGGGAGUUGACGAAGCAGAUUGAGCAAGAAGUCGAAAAGGGGGAUUGGACGAGGGGAGGGCAUAAAUUGUCGGAGCAGGAAUUUUAUAAUCCGAGCGAUUGGGAGGAGGAAGGGCAGAGGGGGGAUGAGGAGUGGGUUGAUCAUGGAGGUUGGACGGGGGGUGAAUAUGUUCUUGGCGGUGGUCAGGCAGGAGGUCAGACCGUAGGUCAAGCAGCAGGAGGGUUGAGUAGGAGGGAGAUUAUAGCGAGGGCGGCGGAGGACAGGUUAAAGAAGGAGCAGCAGAGGGGGAGGGGGUCUAAUGCUGAGGGAGAAACUUGA